AUGUAUGCGCGUACAAAGAAGUUGAAAAAGCAGCGAUCUCGUCGCUCCGCUAUCGCCGAGGCGACCCCGUCUCAGUUCUCUGAAACUGGAGUGAAAUAUCGCAGCUACAAAUCAACGAAGCCCGAACUCAUUAUUUACCGAAACCAAAGCUCGCUCAAUUCUCAAACACGACGCAAUGUAGAGCCAAUGGAGCAGAAUUGGCGAGCGCACUCUGCACCGCCCUGCCAAGACCAUUUUGACUUUGAUAAAACUUUUAUAUUUCCAUUUUCCCGGUAUAUUUCACUCCUUACAAACUUGCUAGACGCAGUGAAGACUGCUCUAAGUGACAAUUGCGACGACUAA